UUAGUCAGACGAUUCAGUUAAAAAAACAUUUGAACAUGUGUUAUUAGCAGUCUAGUCAGUUUAGAUUGGAAUCUCGAACAGUUUUAUCUGAUUUAAUCGAGGAAAACAGAAUGAAGAGACUAGAUGUUCUUCAAAUCUUGGCAGAAAGGAAUGAAAGAAGAAAACGCGAACUGGAGCUCAAUGGUUUACCGUCAGAAAGCAAUGAUUCUUUGCCCAUAACCCCAAAUUUUUCAGCCUCCAUCCUCGUUGAAUCAUCAUCUCAGAGUGCUUCGUCACAAAGUAGUAGACAGGAAGAAUUAAAUCGUGCUACAGUUCUGGAUAUUUUUGAUGACACACAAGUUUAUCGUUUUUAUUCAGAAGACGAAGUAAACUAUUCUUGGCUUGAUAAAGAUCUGGGUAUUGAAGAUGUUCCAAAGAUGUCUUCUUCAGAUUUGGUGAACUAUUUGCGGUCAGAAAUAAAGGGCAAUCAAUUACAACGAUCACUGAAAACCUGCAAAUUAUCAUGUAGAUAUUUGUUCUUUCUAAUGUCAGUGACAACAAGCAAAGAUGUGGCAGAAGUGUGUCUUAAGAUUCUUUCAGAAAAAAUAUCUGAUAAAACUCAACAAUUCUGUAUUGAAGUGCCUGACUUACUUCUAGCCCUGAUGAAUUUUGGUACCGUUCAAAGCAAGCUUUGGCCUGCGGCUUCGGACAUUUCUUUUCCUCGCCCAUUCCGGAAAUUUUCCAUGAACAGUUUCAAUUCGAAAAAACAUCAUGCUGUCCCUUUCCCUCGCUUGAAUUUGGAGAAAAUAUUGUCUCUCUUGAGUUUCAAUGUGAAAACAUAUCCCUAUUUUUCCGAGAACGAGAAAAUUGGAAUGUGCAACCUUUUGCUAAACCUUUACAUGGCCAAUUUUUUAGCUGGAGACACUUUUCUAACUCUCAAAAUCAGAGACAUUGUAUCGCGUAUACUUGAAAGUUUUACAGUAGAGGAAUGGAGUGAACUUAAUUUCAAAAUGAUUGAAGAACUUGUUUUGCAGUGUUGGAUUGAGAACCUGGAACCUACAGCGAUGGUUCAACGGAUUACGUACAGCAUACCAACGACUACAAGCCGUGGAGUGAUGUUUCAGCAGUCUGCCGCCUACUUUGCGAUACAACAUCUCAUGGAUUUGGAAGAAGUUGACCUCCCCGGCCGUGUUUCGGUAAAAGACGUAUAUCGAUUGGUUGAUUUGUUAAAUCGGCAAAAAUUAAAAAAUUAUCGUAAUUUGUUCAACAUAGUUACUUUGCUCCGUUUAACCUUGGACGUCAAUGAUCCGUCGAUAAAAAAAAAAGAAAUGAAAAAUCUUCACAUAAAGUUGAGCGAAGUCCGUCAUGGAAUCAAUGAUCUUUCGGAUAAGUUGGAUACAACUCCAAUGCUUGUUAAAGAUUUGAUGUGUGAGAUUUCGCUCUUCUGGAAAAACUCCAUUCCUAUUGAUAAUGUUGUGUGAGUAAAUUAAACAGCUGCUAACCGGGUACAAAGACGAUGGGCUCUCAAUUAUUUUCCAACGGCCACCAGUAUCCUUCCCGGUUGUAUAGAAGAUGAUGAAAACGUGAAGUGCCUUCCCCUUUUCAGUGAUAGAUUCUGAUUUAAUCCUUUUUCUAUUGUUUAUCGAUGCCACUUGGAAUAAUAACAGAUUCAGCGUC